CGGGCGGUUGUCUGGGUGGCUCCCAGUGUUACUAUCGCCACGUUGCCUCGAGCAUGAAGAAGUCCGAGCUGGCGAAGGCGAUCCGCAAGAUCCUGGACGCGUCCGACCUCGAAACGAUGAGCCGCAAGAUGGUCCGCAAGCAGCUCGAAUCCACGUUUGGUGUGUCCAUGGAAGAGUACAAGAGUUUUAUCAAUGACGAAAUCACGAAAAUCAUUGAAGAACAAGAGGAGGACGACUCGGGCGACGACGAAGAGGAAGUGGACGCCCCGCCCCCGUCCAAGAAGGCCAAGAAGGGUGGCGCCUCCAAGGUCAAGGCCGAACCCAAGAAGCGCGCCCCACGCAAGAAGAACGAGGACGGAAGUGCCUCGGGUGGGUUUGCAGUCGAAAUGCUGCUCAGUCCCGAAUUGUCGGAAGUGCUCGGCAUCACUCAAAGCAGCCGCCCGCAACUCGUCAAAAAGAUGUGGGAAUACAUUCGCGAACAAGGGCUACAAGACCCCAACGACAAGCGAACCAUUAUCCUCAACGACGCCCUCAAAAACGUCUUUCAACGCGACUCGUUCACCAUGUUUUCAAUGAACAAGUACCUGAAGCGACACGUAGUCAAGCCAGACGACCUUCCGGCCGGUGGGUGGGCCGACAUCCAGCGUGAUGGCGAGUCGAGCGAGGAAGACGAGGAAAAGACUGCGGAAAAGGAGCGCAAGAAGGCGGCCAAGUUGGCGCGAAAGACACAAUUGAAGGAGACGGGCGAGAAACCGAAGCGUGCUGCACCCGCUCCGAACUCAGGCAUCAACGCGCCUCUCACUUUGUCGGAGGAGCUGUCAGAUCUGUUAGGCGAAGUCCAGAUGAGCAGGCCGCAGGUCGUCAAAAAGCUGUGGGAGUACAUCAAGGAGAACAACCUUCAAAACCCCGACAACAAGCAAGAAAUCAAUUGCGAUGACACGCUUACGCACUUGUUUGGAGAAGACAAGGUGACCAUGUUCUCCAUGAACAAGCUGCUCAAGCCACACUUGCUCGGCAAGGCCAAGGUCCCGGCGGACGAGUCAUAGACAAAAGGGACGACCUGCAACUUGACCGCCCCCACACGACGUAGUACCAUGAAUAAAACACCUAAAACUCCACAUACCCCA